CCGCCGCCCGGAGCCCCGCAAUAUGCCGCCGCGGCCCUCUGGCUCUCGGCCAUGGCGAGGUUCUGCCGGCGCGUCCCCUGCACCCUGCUCCUCGGCCUGGCCGCGGUGCUGCUGAAGGCCAGGCUGGUGCCCGCGGUCGCCAGAGCCGAACUCAGCCGCUCCGAUCUCAGUCUCAUCCAGCAGCAGCAGCAGCAGCAGCAGCAGCAGCAGAGGCAGCGGGAGGAGGCAGAGGAGGAGAGGCCAGAGGUGCCAGCGGCAUCCUCUACCUUGACUGUUCCAGUGUCUGUAUUUAUGCUGAAAGUCCAAGUGAAUGACAUCAUCAGCCGGCAGUAUCUGAGUCAAGCAGUUGUAGAAGUGUUUGUAAACUACACGAAGACAAAUUCUACAGUAACUAAAAACAAUGGAGCAGUGUUGAUAAAAGUACCUUAUAGGUCAGGACUCAGCUUAACCAUUAUUGCUUACAAAGAUGGUUACGUGUUGACUGCGCUACCGUGGAAGACUGGAAGAAUGCCAAUAUAUUCAUCAGUCACACUUUCACUGUUCCCGCAAAGCCAAGCAAAUAUAUGGCUAUUUGAAGACACUGUUUUAAUCACUGGAAAACUAGCGGAUGCCAAAUCACAACCAAGUGUUCAGUUUUCAAAGGCCUUAAUUAAACUCCCUGAUAACCAUCAUAUUAGCAAUGUUACUGGCUAUCUCACAGUUCUACAGCAGUUUCUAAAAGUGGACAAUUUUCUGUACACAACUGGAAUUACACUCAAUAAACCAGGUUUUGAAAACAUUGAGCUGACUCCUCUUGCUGCAAUAUGUGUGAAAAUAUAUUCUGGAGGGAAAGAAUUAAAGGUGGAUGGCUCUAUUCAAAUUUCUCUUCCACUUCUACAUACAAAUGAUAUAAAUGUGGGAGAUCGCAUACCAGCCUGGACAUUUGAUAUGAACUCAGGUGCUUGGGUAAAUCAUGGCUGGGGAAUAGUCAAAGAAUAUAAUAAUCACUUCAUUUGGACAUAUGAUGCACCACAUCUGGGAUACUGGAUAGCAGCUCCACUUCCUGGAUCUAGAGGUUCAGGUGUAAAUGAAGAUUCCAAGGACAUAACUGCCUACCACACAGUGUUUCUCACGGCCAUAUUAGGAGGAACAAUAAUCAUUGUCAUUGGAUUUUUUAUUGUUCUGCUUUGUUACUGCAGGGGUAAAUGUGGUGCUCCACAGAAGAAAGAAAGAAAUAUCACUAAACUUGACGUUCUCAAGAGAGAUCAGACAACCUCAACAACGCAUAUAAAUCACAUCAGUUCAGUCAAAGUUGCAUUAAAAGCUGAAGAAAAGUCACAAUUAUUCAAGGCCAAAAAUUCCUCCUACAGCCCUCCAAAGGAGGAGCCGUCCACUGCAGAAGCAGAAGAAAGAAUUUCAAUGGUGAAAACUCGGGACAAUUUUAAGAUCUACAAUGAAGAUGUUUCAUUUCUAUCAGUCCAUCAGAACAAUUACUCAAGAAACACAGCACCGUCAUUGGAGCCCAAUGUGGGGUCCAAACAGCCUAAACAUGUUAACAACAAUGUCCCUUCAUCGUUAGGUGAUGCACAAGAGGAAAAGAGGUAUCUUGCAGGCAGUGAGGAGGUGUAUGGGCAUUCCCACAUUCCUGAGCAGCUUAUGCAUAUCUACAGCCAGCCCAUUGCCAUCCUUCAGACAUCUGACCUUUUCUCUACUCCAGAGCAGCUGCAUGCUGCCAAAUCAGCUACUUUGCCAAGAAAGGGACAAUUAGUCUAUGGCCAACUCUUAGAACCAGUGAACAGAGAGAACUUUACCCAGACAUUGCCCAAAAUGCCAAUGCAUUCUCAUGCACAGCCCCCAGAUGCCAGAGAAGAGGAUAUGGUUCUUGAAGGUCAACAGAGCUUACCCUCCCAGACUUCAGAUUGGAGCCGAUAUUCCAACAGCCUCCUGGAGUCCGUCUCUGUUCCUGGAACACUAAAUGAAGCGGUGGUAAUGACUCCGUUUUCAUCAGAGCUUCAAGGAAUUUCAGAACAGACCCUCCUAGAGCUGUCCAAAGGGAAGCCCUCUCCUCACCCUAGAGCCUGGUUUGUUUCUCUGGAUGGGAAGCCAGUUGCACAGGUGAGGCAUUCCUUCAUAGACCUGAAGAAGGGCAAGAGAGCUCAGAGCAAUGAUACGAGCCUGGACUCCGGAGUGGAUAUGAAUGAGCAUCACUCCAGCCGCAAGCUGGAGAGGGAGAAAACGUUUAUCAAAAGCAUGCAUCAGCCCAAAAUUCUUUACUUAGAAGACUUAGACCUGAGCAGCAGCGAGAGUGGAACUACUGUCUGCUCCCCUGAAGACCCAGCUCUACGGCACGUCCUCGAUGGAGGCAGCGGAGUCAUCAUGGAGCACCCUGGGGAAGAGUCGCUAGGGAGAAAAAGCGCUAUUGAAGAUUUUGAAGCCAACACAUCCCCCACUAAAAAAAGGGGCAGACCACCGCUAGCCAAAAAAGACAGCAAGACGAAUAUUUGGAAGAAACGAGAAGAACGCCCCCUGAUUCCCAUGAAUUAAUUCUGACAGUAGCUGUGUUUCUGCUGUCUUGUGCUGUUGUUCUUGCUUCUUGUUGACAGUCGCUGUCUGAACUUAAGAAGU